UGAACGAAUCUGUCAACUUGCUAAACUUCUACAGCCAGACUGAGUUGUUGAGUAACUCAAUAACGCAGUCUGGCUGCGGCCUUGGUGGAGUGAAGAGGAAAGCGGAUUUGACGUCCUACAAAUUGAGGCAGUAAGGAAGGGCAGCCAGUGAUUGAUCAUGCAGAUAAUUUUGCCAGCAAUGCAACGUUAUUGGAGGACCGUGGUGGUGGUGCUCACGCCAUUCAUAUUCAGUUUCAUCCCUUUAGCCUGGAAUAUAACGGCAGCAAGAUGUGGGUACGUGAUCGCUAUUAUGGCAGUGUACUGGAUAACGGAGGCGCUGCCACUGGCUGUUACGGCGCUCAUCCCAGUGUUCGCCUUCCCUCUGCUAGGAAUUCUUUCCACCGGUUCCGUCUGCAUCCAUUACCUAAAGGACACUAACAUGAUGUUCCUGGGUGGUUUAACAGUCGCCAUCGCUGUCGAGCAUUGUAACCUGCACAAGCGCAUUGCUCUCAGAGUUAUUCUAUUAGUUGGUCAGUCUCCACGCAGGUUAAUGGCAGGAUUCAUGCUGACUACAAUGUUUUUGUCUAUGUGGAUCUCCAACAUAGCCACCACAGCUAUGAUGGUUCCUAUAGUGGAUGCCAUUUUGAAGGAGUUGUGCAUGACCCAUGAUGGAGGGGAGACUGGCACAGAUGGUAUGGACCUAAGUGUAUAUCCUUCUCAUCAGAAUCAGUUGGAGCUGGUCAACAAUAGUGAACCGGUCUCCAGCGUACAUCCUGGCAGCGAGUGCAAGAAUGGAAAACUGGAAAAAGUGAUUAAGGAUACAAAGGUUGAUCAGGAGGAUAAGAAGCCUGAAGGCCACACAGGCUUGACCACCAUACCUCCCAACGAGGAGUGCCGUGCCCUCAGGGACAUGUGCUUCUUGGCCACUGCUUACUCGGCCAACCUGGGAGGCACUGGUUCACUCACAGGCACUGGGCCCAAUCUGGUGGUGAAGGGCGUUCUUGCCAGUUCCUACAGCGAGCCCACUGGCCUCAACUUUCUGUCGUGGAUGGUGUUCAACGUUCCCGGGAUGUUGAUCUGUGUUUUUAUUGCCUGGAUAUGGCUACAGAUCUACUUCUCAGGAGCAUUAUGGUGUCAAAAGAAGAAUAAUGUUCUGGAACCAACUAAUGAUCGGAAGGCUGCAGUGAAGAAGCUUGUGUUGUCAAAAUACCGUGAACUUGGUCCCAUGACCUUCCAAGAGGUUGUGGUCUUGUCACUCUUUAUCAUACUAAUAUUACUCUGGCUCUUCAGAGCUCCAGAGUUUAUCCCUGGAUGGUCAGAUUUAAUAAAGGAUACUUUUGGGGUGAAAGUAGGUGCUGCAACACCAGCAAUGCUAAUAGCCUUUCUACUGUUUGCUAUGCCAGCUAAACUCAACUUUCUGUGCUUCAGUCAGCAUGAUGAGCCAGAGCCAGAUCACACAUAUAAUAAUUCCUGCCUGACAUGGAAGGUGGUAGAGGAGAAGAUGCCUUGGGGUUUGGUGAUACUUUUAGGUGGUGGCUUUGCCAUGGCUGAAGGUGCCAAGGAGUCUGGUCUGUCACAGGUGCUGGGGGACUCGUUAAAGGGUUUAGAAAAUUUUAGCAGUGCAACCAUCGUGUUGAUGACGACAUUUGCAACUACCAUGCUAACAGAAGUAGCCUCUAACACUGCCACAGCUUCUAUACUGCUACCAGUCCUGAAUGAGGUGGCAUUGAACAUCAAUGUGAACCCUCUUUAUGUGAUGCUGCCAGCUGCUAUUUGCUGCUCCUAUGCUUUCAUGCUACCAGUUGCCACACCUCCUAAUGCCAUAGUCUUUGGGGUUGCAGGUAUGCGUUCCAUUGAAAUGAUACUUGCAGGAGGCAUGAUGAACAUUCUCUGUGUCGUCGUCAUCAACAUUAUGAUCAACACUUAUGGGGUCUACCUGUUUGAUCUCAACACAAUGCCUGCCUGGAUCAAUUCAACAACUAUUCCAUAACAACACAAUGACAAGAUGUGAUCGGAUUACUGUAGUGAUGUGAGAGUAUUAAAUUCUUAUUAUUAGAUUGUGAAAAGCCAUAUAGAGUUUACAUUGGUGUUUAAGAGUUUGCUGAAGUUUUAACAUAGAUAAGUUGAUAUCUUUACAGUAGCGUACCUCCAUGUCAGGUUUCAAAACUUAUGUACAGUACAGGGUAAUUGGUAUUUUUUUUUCUUUUUUUACAACUGAUGGACUAUUAUAUCUUGAUUGAAAAUAUAAUGGUCCUGGACAUUUUGCUUUUAAACUAAUGCAUGUUCAGGAAUAACUGCUAUUUUUAGUACAGUACAGUACUGGUAAUUUUCCAUAUUUACUCUACUGAACUAUGUGCUUUUUAUUAUAUUGUAUACUAAAUGUAGACCCUUCUCAAAGAGGAUUAUUAUGUAUCAUGUACAGUACUGUACUUGGUCACAAGCAUAAUAGUG